AUGAAGACUAAGCUGUACAUCUACUACAAAUAUGGUAAAUCACUUUACCAACACAUCCGAAAAGCUGGCUACCUGCAGGAGGAUGAAGCACGCGCAUUAUUCAAGCAGAUCUUAAGUGCCAUGAACUACUGCCACAACCAGGGUAUAGUUCACAGGGACNUGAAACCGGACAAUAUCAUGGUUGAAAAAGAUGGGAAAGUGAAGAUCAUUGAUUUUGGACUCGGCACCCAAGUGAAGCCAGGGCAAAAACUCAACUUAUUNUGUGNNACUUACCCAUUUAGUGCUCCUGAGGUGCUCCUUAGCACACCCUAUGAUGGGCCCAAGAUCGAUGUAUGGACUCUUGGAGUUGUGCUGUAUUUCAUGGUAACUGGAAAGAUCCCGUUUGAUGCUUGGAGCAUACAAAAGCUGCUAAAGCGAAUUUUUGCAGGAAAGUAUUCUGUUCCCUCUAGACUGUCAGCAGAGCUGCGAGACCUGAUUAGACUUUUACUGAUGGCCAACCCCAAACUUAGGCCCACUGUUGCUGAGGUUAUGGUGCAUCCCUGGGUCACAGAAGGCUCAGGGGUGCUCCCAGACCCUUGUGAAGAACAGACCCCCCUCAACCCAGAUCCUGCGAUUGUAAAAGCAAUGAGACAUAUUGGGUUCCAAGCUCAAGACAUUGAAGAUUCAUUACGUCAGAGAAAAUUCAACCAAACCAUGGCGUCUUAUUGUCUACUGAAAAAACAGAUUCUUAAGGAAUGUGACAGGNCAACCCGGGCUCAGCCCGUGAACCCAUCCGUGACCCCAUUCCCUUCCCUUGUUGAUACUGCUACUUCCCAUCUCGGACUUCGGAGGAGAGGGACAGAACCCUCAUAUCCCUGGUUAUCCGCCAAUAGGCAAGGGUCUGUCUGUGGCAAGAGUACUACUAGUAAGAAAAGAUACAGAAGAGUCACUUGGCACGGUGUUCUUGGCAGGCCAUGCCACACAACACCCACAGUGGACAACACACACACCCGAACUAGGAGUGUACCCUGCAUUUACUCACUGUUUUGCACAAUCCAGCCCAACAGCAGCGAUGAGAGCACAGAAGGCCACACCAGAGCCUCAGCAGCGGAGAAGCCUGUCCGCAGCAGGGGCUGGCCCAGAGGCAUCAAGGGGUGGACGAGGAAGAUAGGAAAUGCGAUGAGGAAGCUCUGUUGCUGUAUCCCAUCCAAAAAGACAUCUCACCNGGGGCAGAACAGAGUCUCCCCAAAACAUAAGACACAGGAAGGGUGUCAGGAGAACAAGCAUCCGGCAAGGCCCAGGAGAUCACGAGAGGAUGCCGGAUGCUGUGAUUCUACAGUGAUAGUAUUGUAAAGGACCCAUGUAUAGACAGGGACCUGCAAAAGGGAAUCUUGUGGAAAGGCAUCAUGUUCCGGUUCAGCGUGCUUCACUCAGAGCCCCGAGUUCAGCCAGGGGGUAAGAAAGCAAAUGAUGAAAUCCCAGAUGGCCUCCGGGAUCACCAUUCAGAGC